GAGGAGGAAGGAAGCGCCCAACGUAGCGAGCGAGAGACGAGUCACGGCACCACGCGUCGGCCUUCCGCCGCGCCGGGGCCUCCAGAAUCCUCCUCCUCUCCGUUUUAUCCCUCCCACCACCCAAAACCGGCGAACCACCCGCCCGCCCAAUCCCCGCCUCAAACAAAUAACCCGGCCCCACCCAACCCUCUCCCAAACAAAACAAACAACCCAAAGAAAAGCGUAACAAAUCCGCACAGCCACACGCCACCACCGUGCGCCGCAGGAACCGGCACCGCCGUGACGGCGACGGCGACGGCGACGGCGACGCGACGCGCGGAGGAAGCGGGGUCCGCCGCAGCAAUGGAGGUCGCCGCCUCGCCUCCCCCUUCCAAGCCGCCUCCGCUCCGCCUCGCCCUCAACCCGGCCGCUCUCCUCCGCCGCCCCCACCCGGCCGCAUCCCCCGCGGCCGGUGAAGCGCCCCCGCCCGCGCCGCGGCCGCUCGGCGUCGACAGGCUCAUCUCCUUCCUCUCCUCCCUCGUCCUCCCCCGCCGCGAGCGCGCGAAGCAGCCGGCCGCGAACGCUGCGGCGGUGCGGAGGGAGGCGGCGGAGAAGGAGGCGGAGGCGGAGAGGCAGCUGGUGGGGUGCGCGGUGCCGCUGUUCCGGCCGUACGUGGCGCAGCUGCCGUGGCACGGCGGGACGCGGGCGUGGCUGUCGCGGAUGUUCCCGCGCUACGGCCACUACUGCGGCCCCAACUGGUCGAGCGGCAAGGAGGCCGGCUCCGUGCUCUGGGACCGCCGCCCCCUCGACCACCUCGACUUCUGCUGCUACUGCCACGACAUGGCCUACGACACCCACGACCAGGCCCAGCUCCUCCGCGCCGACCUCGCCUUCCUCCGCUGCCUCCAGACCAGCCGCCAGACCCGCGCCGUCGACGGCGUCGCCGCCGCCGCCGUCUACCGCUCCAUGUGCAUCUUCGGGCUUAAGACGAUCCUGAUACCUUACCGGACGAACCUGGUGCGGCUGCAGACCGGGCCCAACUACGCCGACGCCUUCGCCGACUUCGUCAAGAGGAUCGCGUCGUCGUCGGGGAGGCCCGCCGGCGGCGACAAGCAGAGGCUGUGAGAUUGCUUCUGCGAUCGCGGUGGCGCCGAAUCCCCCAACUAAUUGGGGGAAAUUGGGGAUUGAGGUCGUAGUGCCCUAAUUGUGCAUAGCUCGAGUUUUGAUUCGAUCGAGGAGGUGAGGGAUAAUAUGUAUAUAUAUCCUCUUCUAAUUGUAGUUUCUGAUGAGAAACAUUGGGAUUGGGGCUUUUUUUUCACUGUGAAUAUAGCUUAGCACAUGAUUGAUUAUGUCAAUUGUAUCAAAAUGUGGGCUUCAUAACACAAUGCAAUUAUGCAGCAUGAUUUUGCUUUGGUUGAAGGCAAAAUCUGUUCUGAAAGGACCGAAAUUUUUUAAGAUCCACUAGCACCAAAUAUUCUCGUUUGACAUUCAGCAUUAUCUGAACUUCAGU